GGUCAAGUGUCGCUCCUGAUUUAUCACCGGUAACGACCGGCGUGGAUUCGGUUGGGUCGGGAGGAACCUGGCGGGAGGAUCGCCAAAGACGAUACAGUGAAAGGGCACGGCUUCGGGGCGGAGGACACAGGUAGUCUGUACCGCCUUCCCCUUUUCCUCCCUGUUGUUCUUUUGCUCGCAGCGAGACGGUUGUUGGAUUAAUCCAAAUGCAGGAGUAACGUUUAGGGGUUUCGGUGCGAUCAGUUCGAUACUCCAAUUUUCUGAAAGCCGCGACAAAUGCGUAAUGCGUUUCUUGGUGAUGGUUUGGGAAGCGUGAAGGCUCUGUAGCUUCGCGUCUCCUCGCGCGGCUGGCGGUAAGCUCCUCCUUUUGCAGCUACGGUGGCCGGAUCGUCCCUCGCCCCCUUCGCUAGGUUCGGCAUUUAUCCGCGCAUUGUCCUCGUCGACCGCCAUUCUUCCCAUCUCAGCUUGUUGUUAAAUCCGUCUCUGCAAUUUUUUGUGCACGUGCAACCUCUGAGACAUAGGAUUGCAGGAGAGAGUUUAAAUGUCAAGGGUGACAAGAUCAAGUCGAAGAUUAAAUGAACAGGAGGCAAGUUCUAGGAGGAGCAGUGGCGGCUGGAAGGAAACACAAACUACUAUGAAGAGAUUGAAGGCAUCUUUGUUGGCGUCUAAUUCUUCUAGUUUGAGGCGGUCUACAAGGGUGACCUCAAACAAGAAUUCAAGUGUGUCUAGCCCUUCUAGCUCAAGAAAGAUUACAAAGGCUGAUAUUGCAAAGCCACCUGUAACUUCAACUGUUGGAACAAAGAGGAAGUCAAGAGCGGAAAAUCAAGACUCCCUGCUGCCUCCCAGCAAGCGCGCAUUUAGGCCAAGUGAAAAGCAAACAUCACAAAAAUCCCCAGAAUCAAAAACUGGUGACAGGCAAGACAAAAAUGCCAAGAAACCAAAUAGCAACAGUCAUCCUGAUACCAAAAACUUAGAAAAGAAAAAGGCAGUCGAGAAGCCUGAAAAGAAACAGCAGUCUAAAUCACCUAGUUCUUUGGAUAAGAAAAAAUUAGAGGGAAAGAAGACAAGUAAAUUGGCUGCUUCAUUGAAUAUGAAAAAAUCUGAUGAAUGCAAGGCAAGUAAAUCACCUGGUUCUUUGAGUAAGAAAAAACCUGAGGAAGACAAGACAAGUAAACUGCCUAGCUCAUUGGAAGUCAAAACAUCUAAGGAAGGCAAGACAAGUAAAUCAUCUGGUAAGUCUGAAGAAAGUAACACAAGCAGAGGGUCCAGUAGCCGGGAUUCCAGUGAAGAUGAGAAACAAGAAAGCAAGGUUCAUGAAACUUCAAGGUCAUCUAAGAAAAGGGAUGACAAAGCUGGUGGUGAAACUGCAAAAGCAACUUCAGGCUGCAAGCUAGGAACCACAUCAAAGAGAUUGGAUGCACGGCGUUACAGGCAAUUUUUUAGCUCAAAACCAAAGGAACAUAAGAAAGAAGGAGAUCCAGGUCAAUCUUCUCACAUGAUCAGAGAUGGGUGUAAUGAAACUGUUGCUUGUGAUGAAGUGAAGAGUGCAAAUGUUGGUGAUGGGAGCAUGGACCAUGGAGACAGUUAUGUUAAGGGAGAUGAGGAAAAUGGAAAUUUUUGCAGAUUACGCAGUGGUAAAAGUAUAGUGAAGUCCAUCCCAGUGGCAGAAAAUAGUCUUCAGAAUGACAGUGAAAGUGCAGAACUGGAAGCUGGUAUUGAUAAUGCUGAAGGUGACCCACAUCCAUCAGUAAGUGAAGAGAGCUAUGUGUUGUCAAAGCAUUGCAAAGGUUGGGUGGCUAAUUCUCAGGAAGUUAGUGAUUUCUCCCAGACUCCGUUUGCUUGUAGAGAGCAAGACUCUCAUACGGAUAACAUAUUUUCUGAUCAUGAGCUUCCACGAACCGAUCAUCAAAUGGCUCUCCCUUGUGAGAAUGGCAAAAUACCAAGCAUAGGCAUCAUGGGAAGUCCUGAGGGAAAUUCACUUGUUGAUGAGGCACAAUAUGAUGAUGCAGUCCUUUCAAAUUCUACUGGUGUGGAAGCUAAAAAUUCUGGUGAGAGGUCCCAAAUUGUUGCUGCUGAUUCACAUAGUUCCCAGACAAAUAAGAACUUAUCAGAUUCUCAUACUUCAAAGGGAGGCUUAGAUGCCGUGCUGAGUCCUCAGAGGGAUUCAACUCAGGCAGAUUUGCAGUUAUAUGAUGGUAAUAACUUGCAAGAAUCUACUCUAAGACAUAGUUGCAAAAAUUGUGAUGUCCUUACUGUUAGAGUAUUCUCAGAUACUAUAAGCCUGAAGAAAGACUUUCCAGAAACUGGGCAUUCUGGCGAGAAAUCCCACAUUGCGGCUGCUGGUCUUGGUACAUCUCAAGUAAAUGAGAAAUCAGCUGAUUCUUGCACAUCAAAAGAAGGCCAAGUAGUUGUAGAUUGUGACCAUGAUACUUCUGUUGACACAAAGAAAGAGCUUUGCACCUUAGAUGCCUCUAAAGAUGGCAAGACGCCUGUUUUCCUAUCUGGGAACAAGAGAGAUAGAUGUGAAGAGACAUUGGAGAGCUGUGGCAAUGGUAACGGUAUUUGUGGAAUUGAGAGCUCGAAGAAGUCCAGGUUGGAUGACACUCCAGUAGCCCCUGAGGAUACAGAGUGGAUUCAGAUGAAUCGAGGAGGUGAUAGUGAGGCGUCCACCAAUUACUUACUGUUUGAAAGCUCAAAAUUGGAGCACCCAAAGGAUACUGAAUGCAGUACGUGUGGUGUUUGUAAACUUGGAGGGAAGCUUUUGUGCUGUGAUGGAAAGGGUUGUAAUAGAGCUUAUCAUCUCUCUUGCCUUGACCCUCCUUUGGUAGAUACACCACCAGGAACCUGGCAUUGUUUGUGGUGUGUGAAAAGGAAACUUGAAUUUGGUCUCCAUUCAGUUUCCAAAGGAGUGGAAUCCAUAUGGGCUGUUAGAGGCAAUGAGAUUUCACUUGGUGAAGGUUCAAUCUCAACUCAAAGCAAAGUAGAGAAGGAGUAUUUGGUCAAAUAUAGAGGUUUGGCACAUGUCCACAACCGCUGGAUUUCAGAAAGACAGCUUCUUGCUGAUGCUCCGAAGAUUCUGGCAAAAUUCAAUAGCAGAUAUCAAAAAAAUAAGCCCUCGAAAUGGAAAUCUGAGUGGACUGGACCAGAACGCCUGCUCAAGAGAAGGUUAUUGAUGCCUCCAAAAGUGGCAGAUGAGUAUUUCAGAAAUAACACAAAAUUGGUGUAUUGUAAUGGUGAGUGGCUUGUGAAGUGGAAGGGGAUUGGGUAUGAGUUUUCUACAUGGGAGAUGGAGAAUGCGUCAUUUUUGACAUCGUCCGAGGCCAUGAUUCUUGUAAAAGAUUUUGAAACCCGCCGUAUGAAGGCAAAAAAAGCAUCUGAUCCCUCCAGAACAAAUAUGGUUCACUCAGAGACAGAUAUGCAUAUUAAGAUGCAAAGUUUGUCUCGUGAGCAUCUGCCUACGCAGGGGUUGGGAUUCAUUAAUAAGCUUUAUGAAUAUUGGCAUUGUCAUCAUAAUGCUAUAAUAAUUGAUGAUCAGGAACGAAUAGCAAAGGCUACCUUGUUCAUCUCGCUGUUAGUUUCCAGUGUAUCUCGUCCUUUUCUCAUUUUAUCCCCAUCGUCUGCAUUUUCUGCUUGGGAAUCGGAGAUUAUUCAUGUUGAUCCUCACAUAGAUCUUGUAGUUUACAAUGGUAGCAGGCAUGUCAGGGAAAUGAUCAGAGGGCUUGAGUUUUAUGAGGAAAGUGGUUGCAUCAUGUUUCAAGUUCUUCUGUCAACUCCUGAUGCCAUUGCUGAGGAUAUGGAAUUUUUAGAAUGCAUUGGAUGGGAAUCUAUAAUCAUUGAUCAAUGCCAUACUUCAAAGAUGUCCAAGCAUUUUGAGAAAAUUAGGCGACUGAAUACUGAUUUCCGCCUUCUUCUUUUCAAUGGGCAAAUCAAGGACAGCAUAUUGGAGUACCUGAAUAUCUUUUCACUCCUUGAUCCUAAGGACGAUUGCAGUGGCAUCAAUUCCAAGAAAGAUGAUGAAGACAGAGAGGAACUUUCUGUGUUGAAGCAAAGACUUUCUAAUCAUGUCAUUUAUGAGCACAAGCCAGACUCCUCAAAAUUUGUGGAACACUGGACUCCUGUUUCCCUUUCCAAUGCCCAGCUGGAGCAAUAUUGUUCUAUCUUGGUUUCAAAUUCCAGAUCUCUUUAUCAGAAGAAUGAUCCUCUUAAUCCUCUCUCGAACAUUCUUCUUUCUUUGAAGAAGUGUUGUGAUCAUCCCUACCUUGUGGAUGAGUCUUUACAGAGUUCACUUACAAAAGGGCUUCCACUAAGUGAAAUUUUAGAUAUUGGAGUCAGAGCUAGUGGCAAGUUGCUGCUUCUUGACAAAAUUCUUUCUGAGAUUAAGAGCAGAGGCUUAAGAGCGCUGAUUCUUUUCCAGUUCAUAGGCGGCUCUGCACCACACUCCAUUGGUGAUAUUUUGGAUGAUUAUCUGCGUCAAAGAUAUGGGGCAGAUUCAUAUGAACGAAUUGAUAGUGGGUUAGCUGUAUCCAAGAAGCUGUUGGCUCUUAAUAUGUUUAAUGACAAGGAGAAGGGACGGUUUGUGUUCUUAUUGGAGAACCGUGCUUGUUCUCAAAGCAUUAAACUUUCAUCAGUUGAUGCUGUCAUAAUAUUUGGUAGUGAUUGGAAUCCUUCUAAUGAUCUGAAAGCCUUGCAGAAAACAAAUAUUGACUUCCAGAUUGAACACUUAUCAGUAUUCCGCCUGUAUAUUCCCUACACAUUGGAAGAGAAAAUUCUGAGAUUUUAUGCACAAGAUAUGGUUCUUGAUAAUAAGCUGGUCAAUCUAAGUCCUAAUUUUCAUCAUAUGCUGCUGAUGUGGGGCACUUCUUAUCUAUUUAAAAAGUUUGAUGAACUUCAUGAUCCAAAAGUUCAGCACUCAGGUUCAAUGUUUCCUGACAAUGAAAAGCUGUUAGAAGAAUCUUUCCAGGAAAUAGUGUCUCUGUUGCCUCCUGUAACUAAUAUAAACUACCAGCCUAAAAAUUCUUCCAUUUCAAAAAUGAAGCAGAAUGUUUUCCUCUCUUCCAAGUCAACCUUAUUAGCUGGUGAAUCACGGCCAUGUUUUAGUCAUGAUGAUCAACCACAUAUUUAUUGGAAAAAGUUACUUGAGGGAAGGGUUGGCUUAAGGUCUUUAACUGGGUUAGUUCAGAGGUCACGAAGAAAGGUUCAUCAUUCUAUACAGUCAUCAACAAUGUUAGCUGAAAAUGAAGAUCACAUAACAAAGAAGAAGAAAGCUGUUGACAGCAACAAUCCCACUUCCGCUUCACCUGGGCUGCAGACAGAGGACAUAUCUGGUAUGAAUGAAGGAGCAAAAAUAGUGACUAUGGAUUUGCAUAAAAGUGUUUCUGAUGGUUCAGCUUCUACAUCAUGCAAAAAUUCCUGCAGCAUGAAAGAAGCAGGUGGAGAGUUUACAACCCAUUUGGAAACAGGAUCUCCUCCUGUUAUCCAUAAUAAGGAUCAUGUACUGGAGACCUCAAGUAUUGAUGUGGUUGAGGCGGAGGAUGGAAGAGAUGCAUGCAGUACUCAACAAAGCCUUCAUGAGUUGUUGAGGCCGGAGCUAUUAACACUUUGCAAAGCUUUGCAACUUCCAAAAAAGGUCGUGGAAGUUGCCGUACUUUCUCUUGAAUAUGUAAUGAAAAAUCAUCAAGUCCCAAAGGAAUCCGAAAGUAUAUUGCACGCUUUCCUGAUGUCCUUGUGCUGGACAGCUGCUUCCAUUCUAAAAUCUGAUGUUGAUCAUGAAGCAUCUGUUCUGCUUGCGAAACAGCAGUUGCAAUUCAAGUGUGAAAAAGCAGAGGUCAAGUCUGUCUAUAAAAAGCUACGACCUUUUCGUCGAUAUCUAAAAAUUGAGAUAUUGGGCAAAGUAGUUGGCGAGAGUAGCAAAGAUAAUCAUGUAAACAUCCCUGACAGUGUGCCUCAUGAAAGGCAGCUGGAAUUGGCAGGGAACACAAUAUCUGAUUUAGAAGGUAAGCAGUGCAUUGAGAACGUAGAUGCCCUGCUGCAAGGGGAGUGUCCAAAAGGUGUACAAGUUGGUCUGGGUAUUAACCAUACAAAUGCAUUCCUUGAGGAAGGGACUGAGCAGGAAAAAGGUACUUCUGAAACUACAAGCCUAAUCAAUAAGCUCAAGGCCUUCAAGAAGAAAAGGAUGAAAUAUGUUAUUGAUAAACAGAAAGAAGAGUAUAUCGAAUUUCUGAAUUUCAAGGAAAUGAAAGCAAAUAAGUUGUCAAACGAAUAUGCAGCAAGUCGUUUUCACAUUCUCAAGGAGCGUGACUUGUCCAUCAGAGCAGAAAAGCUGAAGAUUCUACUUCAGGAUUCUGUGGAUAAAAGGAAUAGUCACAGAGAUAGAAUGCAGUUGUACCAGAAAAUCCUUACAAACAGACAGCGGGAGCUAAGGGAUAGGGAGGUUAAAGCGUAUUCACACUGGGUGGAGCAAGCUAAGGCUGGACGGUCUGCAGAUCCAUAUCUCUUACUUCCACUGCCAAAUAUCCAAUUCAGGGAAGAGGAUUUGGAAACUGAAAGUCAAAAUUUAGCUAAUGAAAUCACUGCAAAUAUGUCUCGGAAUGGUAAUGCCAAUGAAGAUGUUACAUCUGAAUCAUUGCCGAAUGGACCAGACAAUACUCCAGCAAUAUCAUCUGGGUUACCAGUGGCUGCGGGUGGGGCUUCUGGUAUUUCUGUAACUUUGCCAGAUACUCUUUCAAUGUUGACUACUGAUUCUCAGGCUAAUUUGAAGGGGCAAAACACGAUGAUAGGUUCAGAAGCAGUUAAAAAUACAUCCAUCAUUGGGUCUGCAGAUGCGCUUGAAUCAACCAAGCAGGACAACCAAGCAGAUGCUGUCAUGAGGCCCAUGAAGUCUAAUAUACUCACAAAGGCCAAUCAUGUCACUCCAAUGGAGUCAGAGCCAAAGAGUGUUCAUGGAAAAAAUGAAACAGGGAUUCCUUCCGGAAUUGAAGAUCAGAAUGGAACAGCAGCUGGUUUAUUACAGCAGAAAAAUGGUUCAACUUCUCAAAUGUCUGGCAGGUUGAGAGCAGAGCUUGGACAUAAGCAGGUGUCUUCUGUGGAUCCUGGUGAAAGGUCUGCACCUGCCGGAACAAAAAGUGAUGAUGACAAUGAAGUUGUUGAACAGGAUAUUCUUCCUCAGGCCAGAGUUUCAGUACAGCAACCACUUGAUGCCGCUUCUUCAUCUGCUGUGCAGGUUCAUGUUUCCACAAUGGAUCUUGAAAGUCCUACAUCUGCAGAAAUGGAAGGAGAUACUGGAUUGGGUUCACUUUCUCAGGAUAGAGUUUCACCGCUGUCACUGAAUGCUUUUCCUUCAUCAGCUAGGCAGGUUGGUCAGACAUGCUCUGCCAGUUCUGAUGGAAAAUCUGCUGCUGUAGAGAUAGUGAGGGAAUUUGAUCAUGGAAUCACUGGAUUGGAGCCUUUUCGAGAGGCUAGUGCUCCAGUACUGCAGCCACUUGAUGCUUUGCCUUCAUCGGCUAGGCAUGUUGUUGAGCCAACAUCCUGUAUGGAUUCUAGUCAAGGACUUGCAUGUGCAGAAACAGUGAGAGAACAUGAUCAUGGUCUUGUUUUGGAGUCUCCUUGUCAUGCUAGGGGUCCAGUACAGCAACCACUUGGUACCUUCCAUUCAGGUGAGCAGUUUCAGGUUUCUUCUGCAAAUCCUGAUGAGAGGUCCGCAUCUGCAGAAUCAGCAAGAGAAAAUGGGCAUGCAGUGGCCAUGUCGGAUUCUCUUCCUCAUGUGGGAGUUUCUCUCCAACAGCCACAUGAUGAUUCCCACUCAUCAGUUGAGCGCGUUGCUGACUGCCCCUCUGUCUUUUUGCCUGCUAUACAGCUGCUGCCCCCUGUGGGUAGCCAAUCAAUUGCUUCAGCAAAUACUAGGGGGAGAACUAUAGGUUCGGAGUCCGGUGAGCAAACCCUUCGGACUGCUAAUCCAAUUUCUCAUGCCCCUGUCAUGAAUUAUCCUGACCCGCUCUACCACGAGAUAGUCAGCAUGUACAAUGAAGAGGAGCAAACCAAGAAGUUGUAUGAAGAUGUGAAAGUACGUCUUGCUGCAGAACGUGAUAAAGAAAUUGAGGAAGUAAAACAGAAGUAUGCGAAGCUGUUCCAAGAUGCAGAGUCGAGAUACUCACUGACUAAAAAGACAUUGGAUGAUAACAUGAUGAAGGUCAUGCUUAACCGCUCUCUUGCAGUAGCCUUCAAGUUUCUUGAUCCUAGAGCACCACAGUUGGUUGUGCAGCCAGGGGCACCAUUCCAGCAAUAUGGAAACAGUCCACAUGGUUCUGCAGCUCAUCACAUUGACCCAAUAUCUGGUGACCGUACUGGAUCUUCCGUCGUGCCCCCUUCAAGUGUUGGAGAACUCCAGGUGCCAUUCACAAGCCUGAAUCUCAGACCUGUAACGCCAGUGCCAUCCCAGCCAUCGUCUGCAAAUCCUGCUGCUCUUGUAUACUUGUCUGACGAUGAUUAAUUUUUCAUUAACUAAUUUCAUGUCCAAAUAAAGGCCGACUGCUGGAGAUACCUAGCGUUUUGGUCUUUGCAUGGUUGGUCUCGUGCCAUUGAAGGAUUAGUGGGCUCUGUGGGGUGGACAGGCUGCUGCACUGAGAGGAUGAAGGCUCUGUAUAUAGUGUACAAUAUUCAAAUGUAAUUUGUUAAUGAUAUAUAGUGCAAUUUUGAUCCC